CAGAAGGCUUUUCCACAGGAUCGGGCUGAGCUUUCUAGGAGACCAGGAUCCCUGACCAGGGAGUGAACGCCCUUCGCCAGAAAUCCUGCACUGCAGUUAAGAAGGAAAGCCAACAGAACCAUCCAGAAUGGAAAGUGUCCCAGGAGACUACAGCAAACGCGUGUACCAAGGCGUGAGAGUGAAGCACACAGUCAAAGAUCUACUGGCAGAAAAACGAUCCAGGCAGACAAGUAACUCAAGAUUUAACGGCAGCGUCAGCUCCUCUCAGUCUGCAUUUGUCCAGCUGCCAGGUUCCCCGGUCACGUCCGGUUACUACGGUGUCAGAAGAUCCUUCCUAUCAGACUCAGACUUCCACGGCAGCAAACCGUUUCCCAACGACGUGUACUCGCCCAGCGCGGCGAAGCCCUUUCCCUGCGAGCCCGCGGCAGGGCAGGGCCUCGCGGGCCUCCUGGAGCCCUGCUUCCCCGAGCCCUACGGAGACUACCGCGCCCCGGCGCUGCCGCCCAGCGCGGGCUCGCUGUUCAGCGCCCCGGCCCUGCCGCCGCCGCCGCCGCUGCUGCCGCCCUUCCCCGGCGACCCCGCGCACUUCGUGUUUAGGGACUCGUGGGAGCAGACGGUGCCUGACAGUCUCAGCCAGCCGGACCCCAUGCCUGCCGACACCCUGCAGACCUUGCCACCCAGCACGAGUUGCCUCUCCCAGCUUGAGUCCGGGAGCACCGCCCAACACAGGGGCUCGAGCUGGGGGGCCUCCCUUGCGGGGGCUCAGUCCUACUCGCUGCAUGCGCUGGAGGAUCUGCACCACACUCCGGGGUACCCCACCCCACCUCCUUACCCCUUCACCCCUUUCAUGACGGUGUCAAACGACCUACCACCCAAGGCAGUGCCGCUUUCCCCAGAUGAGGAGGCAGACACCUCUUCCUUUCAUGACCCUUCAUCUUGGACGAAAGAAGAUGGGAGCCUUGCUUGGGGGUCAUAUGAUUGCCGCAGAGCUUACUGAUGGGCUGGACCAAAGGACUUCUGCGUUUUUCUUUAAGUUGGGUUCUGUAUUCCACAGAUUGUUUUAGGUGUGUCAGCUCAUUCAGAACUGGAUUUUCAGGAUAAGCCAUAAUGCCACCUUUUGUUAAUGGACGAUGGCAUUUAUUUGUAAUCCUCCCCACCAUAACCCCACUGAAAUAAAACACAAUGUUAAUUAAA